UUCUCGAGCUUAGACGGCAGCACUCGACAUUGCUUCGUGCAGCAGGCAGAGUCUUGGAGAGACAGACGUACUGUAUAUUGUCUAGUUGUUGUUGGUACUGCUCAUUAAAUCUGUUGACUUUUACUCGCGAGUUGUAGAAGUUCUCCACCGACCUUGGCUUCCUAUUGUCUACGGCAGUAAUGCUUCCUCGCGUCUUUGUGCGCCAUUCGUCCUCUUCAUCCUCGUCCGCAUCAACCUUCUUGUCUGCAGUUCGAACACUAGCUCCUGCGUCUCGUGUACCUAUGUCCUCUUCAAAAGCCUCUGUCACCUCAGACGCCUCCUCGACCUCCUCGGUCACUGUUUCGCUUCCUGUCAUCAGCGCUCAGAACCCACCGUCAGCAGCCGAGAAGGCCCACCACACUGCCUCUGGCCACUUCAAGGCCCCGUGGAAAUCUUUCGGAAAAGGCGAUAUUGCCCCCACCGAGGUGCUGUGGAGCAAAAUCAUCGGCGAGUGGAAGCCCGUCAAGUCAUCUGCUGACAUGAUGCCGCUGGCGGUGCCUGCCUUUCUCUCCGCCGACUGCUCUCGCGAUGCGAGCAAGAUUCGCGCAACAUGGCUUGGCCAUGCGACGUUUCUGACUGAGAUGCCGUCUGGGAUCAAUGUGCUGUUUGAUCCUCUGCUGGGGACAAAGUGUGCGCCGUCGUUUUUGCCGGGAUUUGGCCGUAUUUCGCCGGCGCCGUGUAAAGUCAGCGACUUGCCCCGCGUGGACGUUGUCUGCAUCUCACACGCGCACUACGAUCACCUGGAUACGUAUUCCAUCAAACUACUCAUGCAGCAGUUUCCUGGGAUUCACUACUUUGUGCCGCUGGGUAUGAAGGCUUGGUUCGAGGCCACCGGCGUGCGGAGCGGCAACGUCACCGAACUUGACUGGUGGGACCAGCGGCAAAUCACCGUGGACGGCGUGUCUGCGACAGUAUCGUGUCUUCCCGCACAGCAUACCUCUAAUCGAACGCUCUCAGACCAUGGGAAGGUCCUGUGUGCCUCAUGGGCAAUCGACAGUCCGAGCGACAAGAAUGGCGGAAAAGUCUAUUUCGCGGGCGAUACCGGGUACAGAGCCGUUCCGAGACUCGAUCCAGAGAUUGACGACCACGAGCUAGAUUUUCCUUCGUGUCCCGCGUUUAAGGAGAUUGGCGAGUACAGAGGACCUUUUGAUUUGGCGCUGUUGCCGAUCGGGGCUUAUUCUCCCCGGCAUAUAAUGAGCAGGGUGCACUCGGAUCCCGAGGACUCAGUGAAUAUAUUCAAGGAUGUGAAGGCGAAGAGGGCUCUUGCUAUGCAUUUUGGAACCUGGAUCCUCACCGACGAACCGAUUCUCGAGCCAAUUCAGAAACUCAAGCAGGCACUUAAGAAGUUUUCGAUCCCCGAGACGGGUGUUUUUGACGCGAUUCAGGUUGGGCAGUCGGUUGAGGUUGAUGUUGUUGACAAGUAAUGUAAUAUACGUUUCUAUCCGUGCUCAAGAUUAUUGUGAAUCCAGCUUCCGCUAGCGGCCAGCGGAAACGGCUAAUCUUCACUCACUCAUGCCCUUCGAGUAGACCUGCCAUGAGGCGCACGUCUUGCCUCGAGAUUCCACUCCUUGUUGGCAUUGCACUUGAGCACGGCCAAGGAGCUCUCUCCAACUUUUUCAAAACUACUGCUGUUUAUUUAGCCCUACUUGUAACAGUCCCUAAUCAUCCC